AUGUGUGACCGUCAGUCCCGACUCUCGAGGGUAUCUGCGCUCAACAGAGGCCAAGACAAGCUCCCGCCCGCAACGUCGCCAGAGACAGGCGAGCAAGCAACAGCCGCCGUGACCGCGGCCGCGGUCGCCGCGCCUUGUAACAACCUUGAUAUGGGCCCUGCACAUGGCCUUCACCGCAAACUGACGGCGGCGGGCGGCAGCAACGGCCCCGUUGGUAUCGUGACAGUAUCAGGUCGAGUGUCUCGCUUGCCGGUCUUCCCACGUCGCUUGCUCAUCUCUCCCUCCGCCUCCACCUUCCGGACGGACUGUUACGUCUGCCCGCCGGGCUUCCGGAAGGCCGGUGCCGGCACAGCCGCCGGCGCCGAAUGA